CUGGCUGCAAUUCUUCCCUGGAAAUCUGUAACUUUAAGAUGGUCGGGCUAGGAAACAGUCGUCGUGGGAUAAAAUCACCUCCUCUUCUAGUAGCAGCACUUGUGGCUUGUAUAAUUGUUCUGGGAUUUAAUUACUGGAUAGCAAGUUCCCGUAGUGUCGAUUUGCAGAAUCGUUUAAUGGAACUAGAAGGCAGAAUGCGCAGGGCAGCUGCAGAAAGAGGUGCUGUAGAAAUGAAAAAGAAUGAAUUCCAAGGAGAACUAAAGAAACAGAGGGAACAGAUUGACAAAAUCCAGUCUAUGCAUGAUUUCCAAAUAGAAAAUAUCAACAAAAUACACAGAGGUGAAAAGGAAAUAUUAUUAAAUAACAUCACAAUAAAUGAUCAACUGAUCCACAAUCUUCAAGAGAAUUUGAAAAAAUUCCAGAGGAAAUGUGAGAAGCUUCAAUUAGAUGCCAACAGAUUUCAGAACAAUCAGACAAACCUCCAGAGAAAAUUUUCGUUGGACAUGUCUAAGUGUCUAAGUAAGAUGGAGGAACUGAAGGAACAAUGUGAAGAAAAGCUAAAAGCAUCACCAGAAGAUAGCAAGAUACAGCAAGAAAAGAAAAAAGAACUUACUACAAAUAUAUCAGAAAAAACCCAAGCCAAUAUACAGAUGCAGAAUUUUGGAGAGACAGAGAUUGAUCAUCAUGAUCUGACAAAUCAGGAAAGUGAACUUGAGGAAAAAAACAUGCCUAGUGAGUCUGUGAAAUUAGUUUCAAGACCAGUAUCUGUACUAAACAAAGAAGAAUUGAAUCAUCAUAGAGAAAAAGGAACCAGUGAUGUUCCUAAUGAAGAGUCCAGGAAAAAGGAGGUUCUUCUCAAUCAAGGCCACCUACAAAUACCUUCUAUUUCUAGCAGAGAUCAUAAAGCACUUCCUCCCAAACCAGAACCAGAGCUGAGUCACCAUGAGAAAAUUAGAAAUGUACUUGGAGAAGCUUCAGUAGAAAGUCAGACUAGCAAAUUCUCAGAACUCAUAGGCCACCAAAAUGUCAAUGCAGCAAACGAAGUUGAAGAAAUUGAACGAGAGGAACUCUUAAAUGAUGACUUGCAGCAGGAUGACCAGGAAACUAAUAAAAAUGGUGAACUUGAAAUUAAAAGAGUGGGCCAGGAUAAUAAAGGUACCGAUUACAACUUAGAUACAAAUGAGGCAGAAUCCGAAACAGAUAAGCAGGCUGCUCUCAUUGGCCAGCAUAAUAGCUUCAAUGUUCAAAAUUUGGAAGAUCCCAAAAUGGAAAAUCGCUUAUUUAAGCUCAAGGGAGCUCAACAGCAGAAAUUGUGAACAGCAAUUUUAGUCUUCGACACUUGCAAAACUAUUUAGGCAAGUCCACUCAAAACUUUUUCAAAAAUCAGGGGAUGUAAACCAGUUCUGAUUCCUCUCCCAUCAGGAAGAUUAUCUGCAGACUUAAUAGGCUGGUUUUACAUCUAUGAAUUACACUAUUCCAGUGUUGCAGGGUGGAAAUAAGCCCCUGAAAAUAUAUGAAAUCAACCUGUUACUCAGAUAAUAGGUAUAGUUUCUUUUUUGAAUCAUAACGGUAUCUACCACCUUAGAUACAAAUUGUCUUGCUCUAAAAAUUGAGACUAUUGCACAGACUGCAGCUUGAGAGAUACUGCUUGUCCUGCUUCUGUUCAGAUCUCUUCCAACAUCAUUAUUCUCAGUUUAUAAACCAAACUUACAAAGUCAGUUUUUAUACUUCUUUUCUACAGAAGCUUCCUUCAGAAAGAAAAUCUCUUAAGGAACUUAUUAAACUCCUUUAAGUGCUUUGCUUUGAGGGACCUGUCUAGUACAGUGGGGUAUGAUAUCAAGUAAAUGUGCAUAAAAGUGAGUUACAUAUCUACAUCUUUUUUAUUCAGACACUUUUCUUUUUUGAAUUGUAGGAAUGAUUUAAGUAUUAACCAAAUGCAGGGGAUUUCCUGCAUUUAUGUAAAAGAAGGCCUUACACAUUCCAGAAUUCUAAUAUACUAGAACAGCCAGCUAUGUACCUUAAUUUGUACAUGAAAAAAUGAAUCCCAAAUGUUUUGCUGCUUCAUACCAUAUCUUAUUUUGGUGUAAAUAAAAGAACUGCAAUAUCAUUUAGGGCAUGAUGCCGAUUUGCUGUCAACACUGAUUAUAGCACUUUAGCCCUGUUGAAGAGAACUAGAAUAGAGUAAGUGCAAUACGAUUAUUUUGUACGACAAAGAGAAGAUUUACAGAUUACUAUAGUAUUUUGUUAAAUGCAAAUACUGAGUUUAUUUUGAUUAAGUUCUUGAUUAUAAAAUAAGUGGGUUCUCAAGAGUUAUAAUUUGGUUGUGAGGUUACUAUCAAUAAAAUACUCCACUCAUUGGGAACAGUGUC